UUCUCCUUGUAUUAUACAGGGAGACCAGCCACUCCGUACGCCCUGGACAGCCAGGCUCGGGGGAAUGGAAUAAGGGGUCUGGGUGGAAAGGGGGUUUUGCCCUUUACGGUGGACGGUGACUUUCUAAAAGAUACCACCGGGGUCUUUGACAGCACAGCGCCUGGGGUGGGAGGUGGAGAGGAGGCUUUGAUUACUAAACCGCUUACUUCUUUUUCUUCUCUUGAUCUGGAUUCGUUUCCUCGGCCCCCUCCUCCGCCCCUUUUCUCUCCCCUCCCGCCUUCAGCGAAGUGACACAGGCAACACCUGCUCGUUCGUGUUCGAUGUUGGAACUCGCACCUUCUCGGUGGUGACGGUGCCAGCGGACUAGGGACCGGGGCACGGCGGCGGAUUUCCCUUCCUUCCAGCCCACGAUGCCUAGAGGGGCAGCGGUGGGGCUGCGUGGGGCUCUGCCCGCAGCACUGGGAGGCGGGAUUGAGGGGCUGCAGCUGGCCAGGAGUUGCUGCUAAGGGGACUCGGCGCGAAGUCUCCGAGAGGCCGUCUGCUGGGACCUAUCCGCGUACAGCGGGAGCAGGGGCACCUGCACCCGGGACCCGGGCGUCUCGCGGGCGGAGGCCGCCGAGCUCGGAGCCGCCUCCUCGCUGCCUGAACCUCUCCAGCUGCUUCCCGACGUUGGAGACCGGGACCUGCCAGAACCGGGGACUGGAGAAGUACGCGGCGGAGGCUGCUCUCCCGAAGGUGAACGGUUCCGUCCAAUUGCCUUUCCCCAGAGAGCAAAAGGGAGGCGGAGAGAGGAACGGAGGAUGUGUGUGUGUGCGUGAGGGGGGGAGCUGACGCGAGGCCAGAGGAAAAGUCGUUGCUCGGCGUUAAAAGCAAACAAAUCAGAGCCGGAAUCCGCGCGGUGAUCGCUGCAGGACCGCUUCGAUCCGCGCAGUCGGGGGAGCCGAGCGCCCCGCGCGCAUCGGGCGAGGACCGCGGGCGCUGGCGGGGCUGCGGGACCUGGGCUUUUCUCAGUAAACAAGUCUUUGGGUUACUUUGACGCUGUGGAAAAAAGAGGGGGAAUCAGGCGAGGCUCGCGGACUCCACCUCCCACCCUCUUUAAGGGGAUUCCAGGUCGGAUGUCAAGAGAUUCCUGAACGCUUUUUGCCAUCGGAGGAGGCAACACACGCGCGCGCACACACGCACGCUCAGGGCCACACUCGCACGCCCUCCACGAGCGCACACCAGACUUGGGUUCCCUAUGCCCCUGAACGGUGACGGCGGAUUGGCGUCUCGGGAGCGAUGCAAGAGCGAUAAGGCUGGAGCGGGCCCGCGGAAGCUGCAGGAGCAUCGCUAGGUGUUGCCGCCACCAGGAAGCCGGGCUGCAGGAUGAGUAAGAGAUACUUACAGAAAGCAACAAAAGGAAAACUGCUAAUAAUAAUAUUUAUUGUAACCUUGUGGGGGAAAGUUGUAUCCAGUGCAAACCAUCAUAAAGCUCACCAUGUUAAAACGGGCACUUGCGAGGUGGUGGCCCUCCACAGAUGCUGUAAUAAGAACAAGAUAGAAGAACGGUCACAAACAGUCAAGUGCUCCUGCUUCCCCGGGCAGGUGGCUGGCACCACGAGAGCUGCUCCAUCUUGUGUGGAUGCUUCAAUAGUGGAACAGAAAUGGUGGUGCCAUAUGCAGCCGUGUCUUGAGGGAGAGGAGUGUAAAGUUCUUCCGGAUCGGAAAGGAUGGAGCUGUUCCUCUGGGAAUAAAGUGAAAACAACCAGGGUAACCCAUUAACCAAGGAUAAAUCAAGUGAUCCUCAAGGCUGAUUACAUUGAACAUAUCAUAGAAACUCAACUGCCGAGGUGAUCUUGAAGGAAGAUUUUUAUACCGCUCAGAAGAUGCACACCAGAGUCUGUUGUUUCAAAGGGAUUUCAUGGCUCGUAAUUAGCCCCUUCUUGAAAUCAAGACUUUAAAAAAAUCAGACAUGAACUUCUACGUCAUGAAGAUUUCCUCAGAUUUGAACUGUGUUCCACUUGUUAAAUUGCACUUGCUAAAAGAAUUUGAAGUUGCUGCCUGAUUGGUGUUUCUGGAGGAUGUCAGAGACACUCACCUUUUGGGCUCUUAUCUCUAGAUGUGACUGCUUUUCUUGUUUCUGAAAGUCUCCACAGUGCCCUGACCUUCUGUCAUGGGCACGUUCCUGGGUCCUGUGCUCAUUGGCUAGUGGGACUGCACACGGCUUUACUGACAUUUCCUUUGCAAACUUCUCCUCUGGCAUGGCGUAGACUGAGACAAUUUUAUUUGUACCUAAUCUGGGAGCUCUGAAAGCCUACAUGUUUUAACAUCUUAAAGUUGCUUUUGUUAAAGGAAUGGAAAAUAUAUACCAUUGAUAAUAAUUAUUGUUGGCAAGUAAUAGUUACCUGAAUGCAUCAAUCAUAUAAGAAUGUACAGACAAGCUGACAUGUUUCCCCAAGGCUAACACACCACUGCAGCUCUGUCAGUUACAUAGGUAGUACUUAGAACUGAAUUACCAUUUUCAUUAUAUACUAUUUUGUACCUCUAGAGCACUCGUUCAGUUUUUUUAAAGUGGGCUUUUUCUUUCAUUCUUAUGUUUACUUUUUCCCUUCACAGAAAUCAGCAGUGAGCAGUCAAGUAUUUCGGUAGCCUUCAGUUUCCAAAAAUUGCCAGGGAUGCACGUGGGUUUCUGGUUUCUGAGCUUGAAGAAAUUAUUCACUUAGAUUUCUUCUAGUAUUUUUUUUAACUAUCCUUAUUAUCUCAUUUUAAAAGACCAUCUCUUGCUCGAUCCCCAUGACUCUGUGAAUGCUCAUAUAUUUGUUCAGUCUGUUGAUAGAAUAAAUCGUUCAUUUCUUUGGUCUCAAAUUUAUAAAUAUUUGCUUAUAGUUGUCCCAUUCAAACAAUUUCUUGGGUCUGUUUUUGUGCACAUUUUUGUAGUCACUUUAACAUUUGUGGUUUUCAGUUCUACAAGAAAGUCUUAUAAAUAUUUAAAGGCCUUAAACAUGUAUGUACUUUUUUUUUUCUAAGUUAUUACAGAAUGUAUAAUUUUAUACUAUAUGUUGUUUGUGGAGGGAGAGAAGAAUGGAAAUUGCGUAGCCAUUCUGUAAUAAUAUCGUGUACACGUAUAGUUUGAGGGAAUGUAAAGUGAAAGAUUUCUGUGUUUUACUCAUCUAAGAUUAAUAGGAAAAUAACUUCAGAAAUUGUCCUAUUAGAGGUUCCAUUAUGUUAGAGAAGGUGUGGACAUGUUUUGUCUUUUUAAAACUCGCUGACAUGGCCAAUUAGGUACAUGUUGAUUCCAUGAUGGAGGCUGACAGGCCCUGGAGAGCUUCUGUCUGUAAGUAGGGAACAACUUUCAAAGACCAAUACAUUACUCAGAAUCUUUUCUGGGCAGAACAAGUAAGAAGUGUAAAAUUUGUUAAAAAUUAAAUUUGUAAAGUGUACUUUUGACAUUGAACUAAAGUAUACUGCCCCACAAGUCCAUGGAAUGAAAUGACUUGCUCCCUUCAUUCUAUGCAUUUAUUAUGCAUCAAAUUAGAUGGUUCCGAGUAGAUUUUGCAAUGAUUUCAAGACUGUAUGAACUCAUAAAGAAAGGAAUAACAGUUGUGUUGGAGUUUCUGCAUCAAGUAUACUAUCAUUAAUUUCUUGGAACAAAGUGGAAAACUAUAUUAUUUUGGAAAUUAUGAAUUUGUCCUAGGUUUGUUUGAAAUUAUAGAUCAUGCUUCUCAUUUUUUAAACUAUGUCCUUUAAGACAACACUGGAAAUUCUGUCUUAUAUACAAGUGUAAUACAUGCAUAUCAAUAGAAAAAAUAAAUGGAAUUUCAAAUAUACUAACUAACUAGAUUAUCCCCAGUAGAUUAAUGUUGUGACUAUUCAGAAAAGGUAAAUAAA